ACAUCGAACAGACAACAUCACAAAUUAUACACAACAAGAGAUCAUACAACAUGCUCUUUGCCAUCACUUUACUACUCGGUGUUUCGAGCACCUUUGCCGGAGUCAUGGAGCCCAUGGGUUACUACCAGUACACCCAGUUCCAGGCUCCACUCUCCUGGGAGGACAUCACCGAAAAGGGUCAUCAGCAGGCCUUGGAAAGCUGCCAGCGGAGUUUCCAGUGGCAGCGAUGGAACUGCCCCAGUCAGGAUUUCUUCAAGAGGAACUUAAAGCCAGAGGAAACCUCACCGAAUCGAGAGGAUGUCUACGUGGCCGUCAUCUCCAUGGCAGCCAUUGUUCACACCUUGACCAAGGAUUGUGCGAAUGGAGUGAUCGCAGGAUGCGGAUGCACUGAGAAUGCACUCAAUGUUCCCUGUGCCCAUGAGCCCGCAAAAGCACUGGAGCAAUACGAAAAGCGAUUUGGAUCGGGAUCAGGAGCAACUGCCCACAAUCGUCGGGUGGUUGGAGCUCUUCUCCAGAGAUCCCUGGAGCAGGAGUGCCGAUGCAAGCAACCAGGACCGGGAAAAUGCCUCGAGGAGGAGUGCGUGGCUGUACUGAAGCCCUUUGAAGCCAUCGCCCAGGAUAUCCUGCAAAUGUACGACGAUGCCAUUCAGUUGGACAGUGCCAGCAGCAAUCUGAAGAUCAUGUGGGAGAACAUUCCCUUGGAUUCCCUGGUCUUCAUGCAGGACUCGCCCAACUACUGCGAACCCGACGCCCAGGGUCUGUGGAAGGGAACUCGUGGUCGCCAGUGCUCCAAAGAUGGUAGUGGUUCCCUCGAGGAGCGCCUCUCCUGCCAGCAAUUGUGCCGAGUCUGCGGCUAUCGUGUGCGAUCCCAGCACGUGAGAACCGAGCGGAGGUGCAACUGCAAGCUGGUCUGGGGAUUCCGACUCCAGUGCCAAGUGUGCGUCCAGCUGGAAAGGCAGUACUCCUGCUACUAAGAGGAGGCUUUAACGAUUGGAAAAGUUAUCCAGGACUGGGGCGCUGGUCGAGCCCCGUUAAGAAUCUUUAGCUUAAGUUAAUUUAUUUGAUCCCACCGCUAAUUUAUUGCCACAACAAAU